AUGCGUGUGUGGGUCUCUCCUCUGCACAUUUGGAUUCUUCUUGACCUUUUUUGCUACAUCUGUGCUCCACUUAUUUUUUUCUUACGGCUUACUGGCAGCAUUCAGAAAAUGUUUCAACUGAAAAACUGCAACCGCAGAUAUCUGUAUGAAAUUUACACGUGGCCAAGCAUUCUCGUGCUGUUUGCCGGCUUCACUUUGCAGAUGGUCCCUGCCGCUGCGUUUGCUUUCAAGCCACUGAAAUCUACAUCAGCUCAAAACUCGCUAGGUCUCGCAACGCUGUCGUUUAUGGUGGAUGGAGAUAACGAAACAAAAAAUUGUGACAAAGUUAAUAACAGUGAACAGAAAAUAACAAUUUUCGAAACAUCCACUGAAACCAGACCAUCGUCGCGAACAUUCAGAAAAAUAAUCCCUGCAUUUGUUUGUUAUUUAUUGAGUUGUUUUUUCUUGUUUGUUGGAUCAAUUGCCUGCUCGAGCCACUAUCCGAGUAGGUCUCAAAUAAUUGGAACAGACAGGAAGCUCAUCAGCUACCUGCCAGUGGCAACAGAUGGCAUGGCUAUUGUUUCCAAAGUGAUCAUGGCCAUUACAACAUACUACGUAAAAAUCAAUCGAACAUUUUUGUUCUUGUUUGCUGUGCUCAAGUUUGGUUUAUUGUACAUGUGUCCCUACUUCUUCCAAACUUUCCCUCUCUUGGUGUUGCACUGCUGCUUAGCUGGACUGGUUGCCGGCAAGCUUCAUAUUCAGUCUGCACGUGACCAUCAGUGUGGAUCUGAAAGGAACAAGAAUGUUACAAAAACUCGGCCCUUGGUUUGCAUGUGCUUUGCUAUAAGUUCCUUGUGUAGCUCUCCGUUUACUGGCUUCCUGUUUGACAAAACGAACAACUACGACAUCACGUUUGCAGUCCUUGGAUCGACCAUCGUCAUCGGAAGUUUCUUCAGCUUCGUGACCGCCAUAUUGCACAUGAAACAGAAAGAGCGUAACAAGUGA